GUCAGAAAGCAGGAAGUCUGGCUAGAGCACUCUGCAUGAUUUGAUAAGAUGGAGCCUCCUGUACUGGCUUUCACUCUUUGGAUAUUUGCCUUUCUUUCUGUUCCUGCGGCUGGUUAUCCAAAUGGAAAAGUAAGAGAGGCCUGCAGUAGUAUGAUGCCUCGCCAUGAACAUUCUCCACAGCCAUCACCUGAGCACACUAUAUCAGUGAAUGAGACCAAAUUUAGACCAGGGGACCAUAUAAAAGUUAAUUUAUCUGGUCCAGUUUUUGAAGGAUUUUUCAUACAAGCCCGGAAUGCAGAGAACUUGGCAGGCCCUGCAGUUGGCUCUUUUAUGCUAGCUGAAGAAAGGAUUUCUCAGCUCCUGACAUGUGGACUUGUAAAGAAUUCUGCUGUCAGUCACACAAGUAAAUCAAAAAAGACCCAUGUAGAGGCUUAUUGGAUUGCUCCUACAGAUGCACCAGAACAUGUACAAUUUCUAGCCACAGUUGUAGAGAAAUAUAAAAUCUUUUGGGUGAAGAUUCCUGGUCCCGUCAUUUCCCAACCUAAUGCACCACCUUUGACGACACCUACAAGUAUUACACCAGAGACUCUACCAACUUCACAGCCAGUUUUCCAUCUAACAAAAUCAUUUAAUGCCUCCGGCUGUGGAAGUACAAAGUUCUGCAUAAGGAAUCCUCCAAAAUGUGAUCCUGGGGCUGCCUAUUGUUUCUUUCUGUCCUUCAAACAAAAUAACCACUCGGUACUUAUUGAAAUGAGUGGUCCUAGUGAAGGAUAUAUAGCCUUUGCAUUAUCUCAUGACCAGUGGAUGGGUGACGAUGAUGCAUAUCUGUGUAUUAAUGAAGAUCACCGUAUUAAUGUAAACACGGCCUAUCUUAGUGGGCGAAUUCCUCCUGUGUUGGACUCAGAGAAUGGCCUUGAAGAUAUCUCAUGGAGGGUGGCUGACGGACUUGUUCAGUGCUCUUUCAGAAGAAACCUUCGUCUUCCUGCUUAUAAAGGGAGGUUUAAUCUAGAUGCUAAUUAUUACAUAUUUCUGGCAGAUGGGGAGGCAAGUGAGGGAGGUCUAAUUCACAAACAUCAUCGUCAGCCUCUGAUCACCAAUGGAAUGUACAAUGUCACAGACUCUCCAAAGGAUGUAGGGGGAUCCCGCUCUCCACUUCUUCUUAAACUCCAUGCUUCAUUAAUGUUUGUUGCAUGGAUGACUACAGUUAGUAUUGGUGUUAUUGUUGCCAGAUUCUUCAAACCAGUUUGGCCUCAUUCGUUGUUUGGGAAGGAGAUUUGGUUCCAGGUACAUCGUAUGCUGAUGUUGACCACAGUGCUUCUUACGAGCAUCGCUUUUGUUCUUCCUUUUAUAUACAGAGGAGGCUGGAGUGAAUGGGCAGGUUUUCACCCAUACCUUGGCUGUACCGUGAUGGCUCUGGCAAUCUUUCAACCUCUGAUGGCAGGUUUCAGACCACCUCCUCAUGCACCAAGAAGGCAAGUAUUUAACUGGGUUCAUUGGAGUACUGGCACAACAGCUAGAAUACUAGCUGUGGUAACUAUGUUCCUGGGAAUGGACCUACCAGCACUCAACCUUCCAGACCCAUGGGACACUUACACAAUGAUUGGAUUUGUAGCUUGGCAUGUCGGUAUUGAUAUUCUCCUGGAGAUACAUAGCUACUGUCUCAUUCGCAAAGUUGAAGUGAUUGAUGAGGAUAGAAUACAAAUUCUGCAGUCGCUUACAUCGGCAGAGGCAGAGGGUCAUACAUUUAAAGAGAUUGUGUUAACCAUUUACAUCUGUGGAAAUACAGCAUUCCUUAUUACCUUCCUGGCAGCAAUCCACCAACUAUGA